AUGCACAAGUACAUUCCUCGCUUCCACAUCGUGCGAGCUGACGAUUUGGCAAAGGUGAACUUCUGUGAAUUUGUGACGUUCACCUUUGAGGAAUCAGAGUUUAUCGCCGUGACAGCAUAUCAGAACGAACAGGUGAGUCUCAACACAGCGAUACAAAUGUCUGUCGGAGAUCACGGUGUUUAG